UGUGUGCGGCCAUCAAGUGUUUCCUAAUCCUGACGGACAUUUCUACACCGCCACAAAGUAUGCUGUAACUGCGCUGACUGAGGGCCUGAGGCAGGAGCUGCGUGCAGAAAACACUCAUAUCCGGGCCACAAGCAUUUCUCCUGGCGUUGUGAAGACAGAAUUUGCAUACCGCGUCUACAGAGACAAUUCUGAUAAAGCAGCUGCUGUAUACACUAAAAAUAAGUCACUGGAAGCAAAAGACCUCGUCCAUGCCGUCACAUAUGUGCUCGGUGCCCCUCCUCAUGUUCAGAUUGGGGAGAUUUUGCUUGAAAGUCUGUAGCAGGUGUCAUGCAACUUGGCCGUGAGACCCAUCCCAAUCUUUACAUCAAAGUAGUGUGACCGGCUCUCCUUACUUCUCAACACUGUCAGAUUGUAAUCAAUUCACAGAAGGAUAAAAUAAAGGAAACUCAUCCAGC